GGUGGCCCGGUGAUAGUGACAGUUGGAUUUUGGAUUCUUUCUAUCGACAAGAUUGAUGUUGUCAACAUGGUGUUAAUGAAACAAUAAUUUUCUGAAUAUCAGUUAGAACUAGAUAUUUAAUGCCUAGACGUGAGGGUUAUUUUCACUUCUCGAGAAUUUUGCUUUCGUCUGCUCCGUCUCGGGAAGCAUUAGAAUCUGAGGGAGGAACAAUUAACUAGUCUCCUGAGUUAGGGACCCUCAGUUAGUGAUUUGUUAAAUAGCCCCCAAAGAAAAACGCUAGGUGUACAAAUUUAUGAAUGUUUAUCUCUCUCGGGCUCCUGCGAGCGGACAACAUUUGCGUGUAAAACCAGUGGACUGUUACCCUCUGACGUCACAUUUAGUGUUCCUGUUGCCUCAUGCUCGGAGAAUUUUUGCGCGAAACCGUUUUAUUGUUGGAUGACACGUGACCUCCAAGUGACCAAUGAGAGUGCGUAUUGCAGGAGAAAAAAAUCCAGGGCCCAGUUGUUCGAAAGAUGGAUAGCACUAUCCGCCUGGUAAAUCUCUAUCCAGUGGAUAGUGCAAUUGGUUUCCCGAAUACUUAUCCGCUGGAUAGAGAUUUAUCCGAUGGAGCAAAAAAUUGAAAUUAUUUGAGUUAGUAAUCAUCUUUUAAUUUUCAAGGAUUUUACGAUCGACAUAUUGCUCCGACAAGAGUGGAUCGAUAGAAGACUUUGUCAUAGACUCAAUCAAACUAUUACACUGAACGGCGGAGCUAGAAAAACUAAGAUCUGGAUACCGGAUUCUUAUUUCCUCAACGCCAAAGCCGCCAAAAUGCACAAAGUUACAGCGCCAAAUGUGAUGUUCAUGAUAGAGCCGUCUGGGAACAUAAAAUACAACGCAAGGUAACCACAAAUGGAAACUUAUAACACAACGAUGACGAAACGAAAGAGAUCUAUACAAGCCUUAUUGACCAAGCUUGUUCUGUAAAGAUGGCUAAAUAUGGCCGUCUUUUUUUCUUGCGUUUUUAAGGGCCGAGACGAAGACAAGGUCUAUAAAUAAGACAAAAAAACGGCAAUUUCAAUAUCCAGGUAUCUUUAGCUUGAUCAAUGAAGGGUUUUUAUAUGUGGCCAAUAGAAUUUUUUCGCCUGCGGCGGGGAUCAGAGCGGCAAUACCGAGCGGGAAAGAUAGGGUUACCAAUAAAAAAAAAGGAUUCACCCCAUCUUACCCGCUCGGAGAAGAUAUGACACAUGGUUUUUUUAGUCGAUGUAAGUAGUCUCGUAAGUUUCUUCUAACCCUAAUUUCAAUAAAGUUCAAUAAACCUUGUGUCCUGUGUCGUCUGUGUAAGAACCGCUCACUAAAACACACCGCCGCCACCUCCUAAAGGUAAACAUUAACAAGAAGAACACAAAAAAUCGUUCGGAAUCAGGGAAAUUUUGCUUGUAGAAUCCGGAAUCCAAGUUCCGCUGACGAGGAAUAACCACUCGAGUACCUUGAAUCCAAUAUCCACAGUGUGGAAUCCAGAAUCCAAGACUGUCCUGGAUUAUCUUACACAGGGCGACCCAGAACGUUAGGAACUGAAUAUACUUCUUACUAGUAUAGGUACAAUUAUUCCGUUCAGGUAACUUAGUUAUAUAUACACUAUGUUAAGGUUCUUAAAUUGCGUUAGUAAUACAUAUCUGUGAUUAACAUCUCUACAGGGUAACCAUCAAAGCAGCUUGCCAGUUUGACUUAAGGAAGUUUCCAAUCGAUAUCCAGGUCUGCCCACUUAUCCUGGAAAGUUGUAAGUUUCAUUGUAGGAUGCAUCUCCUUCCUUUACUGGCAUUUGUUGUAACAAUCUUCUCCGACCUACAAAUAGACAUCAUAAAGCAUACCUAGACCUCAUAAUCACUUAGCCAAAUUUUAAAACCCGCGUUAGGCUUAGUUUACAAAUCAGUUCCACACAAGCAUAAGCCCAAGCAAAUCACAAAUAUCUAGAUCUCAAAGAUAAUAACGUGAUUGUGACAAAACCUGUACAUGUAUAUAGGGCCGUAUCGAGUUCUUAGCCUAUUCUCUAAAUUUCCUUCCACAUAAUCAGUAGCCCCCAUUUUCUGCAAAGAUGCUAAUUACUAAAUGGAAGCGGUACCCUCUAAUGUUAUUUGCUGUUUUCCAAGAUGGUUACGAUAAUCAGCGCAUCAGAUAUAAAUGGGAAGUUUCGAAAACAGGCGGCAAAAAGUCCUCAUCAUCUGAUAUCCGUGCGACGUCAAACUACGUUUUGAAAAAGACUGAGUUUUUUACGAAUAUGAACCAGUAUUUUUCAGGUAAGAUCGGGCAGAGUUAAAAUUAAGUUACUUGUUUAAAUUUUGCUCGGAUCGUCAUCCCCGUGUGAAUUAUAAGACAUUGCUGGUCCCAUCUGAGUCUGAAUGUCCAGGACUAACUUCUCCAGAAUGCCGAUCAAGUUAUGUCUCUCAGUCUUCUUCAUGCCAGCACUACCCCCCCUCCAUGGUGUUUUCUAGUUGUUUUUUAGAGCGCUUUCUGGUCGCGCUUUCUCUUUCUUUUGUCUUACACAAAUUCCAUCUCUGAUUUCCUGCUUCGUGAUGAUCCUGGCCAUAUUUAUUCAAUGCAUGAACUGAGUUGAAGUCUCAGUUUAGAAAGAAAAAUACAGUAAUUCCAACAAAUAGCAUCCACAUAUGGCCGCACCAUAAGCACGGUUUAUAGAAUGAGGUGAUACUGGGCGGUUUAUCAACUUGACAUCACAGUUAUUUUAGUUUUGAUUUUCCAAGCACACGAGGAACAACUUAAAAAUGUAUAUACAGCCAUGAAAGUUUCUUUUCUGGCCACUAGUUUCCAAAGUGUAACACGCAUUUUUAUAUUCAGGGGAUCAAUUUAAGUGAGUCUGAGAAACUGCCCACCUACCCCUCCCCUAAGCUAACAUAUUGCCCUGAGUGUGAAGUAAGUGUUAAUGUUAGCUUAGGGGAGGGGUAGGUGGGCUUCCUAGGAACCUAAAUUGAUCCCAAUUUUGUACUGGUAACAAACCCCAACUUUUUCUUCCACCACGCAUACGCAAUUUUUUUUUAGAGCAAGGCCGUUUGAAGGUUUCCAUUUUCGAACCGUUGUUUCUCCCAGGUAAUUUCUCCGGAGUUCGAGCAGAAUUUACAUUUGAGCGUUCCUGUAGCUACUUCGAAAUGUACGGCAUGAGUGUUGUUCUUGUCGCCAUAUCGUGGAUGGGAUUUCUGGUACCUUUGGACCAAACAGCUGCUCGUAUUGCCUUGGGUAUUACAUCGGUUCUUACGGAGGUUGCUAUUCUAAAUAUUAUGAACAACGCUAUGCCAAAGGUAUGUGAUCAUUUAAACGAAUCGAACACGACAAGUCCAUUGCCUAUACAAUGUUCAAAGUUCAAGCUCAGCUGAGUGGUCAGUUUCACUGGAAAUUUUUUCAACAGUUGACUUCUUCCGAAAAAUUGUGCUUGCUGAACGGACUGCGUCGUUUCCAGUGUCUUUACUCUCACAUACUAAUCUCGACGAAUGAGCUCAUGAGAAAGCUAUAGCUCUCGACCAAUUAUAUGUCUUAUAUGUUAACGCUCGAGAAAUCGAUCACUCUUAAAGGCUAUAACUCUAGAACAGCCUGGCUCUAGACCAAUGACAACUCGAUUAAACGAUUACUCUUAAAGGCUAUCUGCUCGCGACUAACGAGCGAGCGAGAAAUCAAUCAGUUAUUGUAGAAUUGACAAAUAUUCUGUUUGAAUGUUACUGUUAGAGUAAAAAGUAAGUAACACUAUCGUCUACGAAAAAUUCUUUGUUAAUAAUUUUUGGAUUUCUUAAAUAUCACCAGGUUAGUUAUAUCAAAUCCAGUGAUGAAUACCUGAUUGGCUGUUUGGUAUUUGUGUUUUUCACACUUAUGGAGUACUGUUUUGUUCUGCUGUUGAAAGUUAGACAGAAGAAUCAUAAAGCAUCUGAAACCUUCAAGGCACAAACGGUAAGGUACAGUGCAAACUAAGCCUUUCCGCUCAGUUGUUCAUAAUUUACAUGAGAGUAUAGGGGAAGAGAGCGAAUCCCUGUGCCCCAUGAUAAUUUUUUGAGAUCUAUUUUAGUUCGCGCCUAUGCUAGGUAGGUAAUUCACGUGAAUUAGACAUGCUUCGCCCUACGGCGCGCAGAUCUGGAAAACUGAAUUGAUUAGUGGUAGAGAGGCAAAUUGUGCAACGGAAGUCGCCUCCAGACCUCUCCGUGUGCUUUCGCGUUCUCAUAUGCGGUAUCAGCAAACUUUCGGAUUAACCCUGCCCUCUUUGUUCUUUACAGAAAAAUAGAAAAAUUGCUCUCUUCCAAAUUGAUAAGAGGAACGAAAUGGCAGCCAUAGAGAAUGAAAGCAAAUUCCAGCCUCUUACUUCGCUACGGGCGUCAACGAACAACUCUGAACCCGUACCACCUGCGGCAGACACUGGCAAACAACUGACAUGGAUGGAAAAGUAUUUCCUAAAUGCCAGAGAAAUGAUUCUGGGAGAAGAUUUUAUGUUGAAUGUUGAUGGAUAUUCCUUCAAGAUAUUCCCAGUUGCUUUCGCUUUGUACAAUGUUUAUUAUUGGGUGGAAUUGUCUUGGUAAAAUGUAUCUCUUCGCUUAGAUGGGUAGUAUUUAGCUUGCCUAAAUAUACGUUUUUUCUAGUUCGAGCCAAAGUCUGACAUUAAAUAUAUAAUCAGUCUAAAUGCAUUGCUUAACAUAUGAUGAUUUUGGUGCGGUAUGAAAUUUAAAUCAGGGAGUUUAGGCGGCCAUGUCUGCACUAGCUUUCUGGGGGUUUGUUACCCGGCAUAUGAGCUUGAGCAGGACUUGAAAAGAUAUUACUUCCUUAAGAUCAUUUAAUGUGGCUGGGGAAGUUAAUUUUUCUGCAUUUAUAUACAAACACAAAUGGAGUAAUGACUUGAACAUGAGACUACCCGAACACUGACUUGUGAUAGAACGGUGACGCAGGCCUAACAGAGGCAGGGCCCAAGUGUUCCAUGUAAGGGUCACUGCAUGAUAUGGAGCCUCACGGUAUAGUUUAGACUAUUCGGUCUUUCUUAAGUGUAUUUCGAAGCAGAUCAACCCCGCUUUACUAAUCCUUUCGUGGUGUUUUCGUUUAUCUAGCUCACAUUUAAAUUAAUCUUAUUUUCGUUGGUGCUUUUUCCGAAAAAAGAUCUUUUUCUGUUAAAUGCACUUCACUAUGCACUUGUCUUUGUCACAACUGCGUUAAACAUUGGAGCUUAAAAACAUGAGUGAAAACACUGCUGACAGCACCUUGAAGUCAAAGAAAAGACAGCUAUUUUUGUUACUUUACCCAAUGUUUUUAAAUCAAUACAAUCUGGUGUACCAGUACCAUUGCAAAAUUUGACCAGUCAGCUUGAAUCGAACAACAGUGCAAGGCUCAACUUAAUCGCCCAGCUGUGAACGGUUAUUGAGUUUGGCGUAUACAACUUUAUAGUAAUGCCUAUACAUAAACACAAUAUCAAUCUGCCUUUGGACUAAAAAUUGUCAAUGCACUCUAUCCAUUGUCAUUUUCCAUUUUUUGUCGAUAAUUAUUCCCUUGUGGCAAAUAACAAUGAAUGAUGAUGGUGAAUGAAUUACGUCAAAUGUGAAAGGAUUGUAGAGAACGCAAUCCACUUAAUCAACCCGACGAUCCAAAUUCACUCAGGCACAGCCGGACACUACAAGAGUAAAAGGUACGUUCGCUUCUAGCUGUUAGUUCUCGAUCUCAGCAUUCAUUUUGCUUAUGCUUUCGCAAAUCGAACAGGUUUGAAAUCACAAGUUAGUACAAGUUAAAUAGAAGUUUCAAAACAUCUGUAUAUGAAUUUGUCAACAUUCCAAACUCUAGAUUCGAUGUUAACAAGCCGUUUAAGCAUCCGUCUUCUGGCUUAGAGUUCUAAUUUGAAAAAUGAAAGCAAACAUUAGUCAUAGGGUACACAGGGCGUUAAACUACACAGCCUAUAAAUAUUUAUCUUAAUUGACGCAUACAUUUGGCUGGAACGUUAGUUAUCCUGACUGGUACGUAUCGUAUUUUUGGGUUUGCGUGCUCACUAAACGCCCACUUUUUUGUCUUUUUGGUAUAUAUACAAGAUAAGAUUUGCUUAGAAAUGAACUGUAACUCUAAAUAGUCAACGUUACAUUAACUCUGUUUUGAUUAUCUCUAACAUAACAACCAGACGUAAAGGUCCAGCUUAAACAAAAAUAAACGCAUCAUGAAACUUUCUCAUGAUUGGUGGUUUUCGAUCCAAAGCAUUGCUGGCAUUGCUAGAGGACGUACCUUUCCCCUCAGCGGUCCGCUGUGUUAGUAAUCGGCUGCUAUGUUGUCUGAUCGUAGGCAUCUACCCUUCUGGAAUCUCAAUUCCACUGUCCCUAUUGAUGCAGUUGUUACUGGGGUGAAGCCGUAUUUGACUAGCCUCUUUACCCCUGGUAUUUAUCUAUCAGCCUUUAGUUUUUGAUACCAAUAUCAUGGUAUUGGUGUCACGAUAUGGAAAUUUUAAGCCCAGACUGGUGACACUACCAAAUCUUGCCUAAAAGUUACAGAAUUUCAGGCCUAUCCACAGCAUUUAGUUUACCUUAUCCGAGAGAGGAUAUCCUCUCUUGCCUUAUCUCAAUAAUUAGUCCUAGCGGACCGGCCGUAGCGUCCUAGCAAUCCUCAGCUGACCUUUUUGGUCACUUUUCAGCCCAUAUUUAAAUGCGACAUACAUCAAUCUAACAAAAAGAUUCCAUGUUGUCGUGCGUCUGUUCAUUAAUAUAUUACAGAUGACGUCAAAAUGUGGUAAAAACAUCAGGGACACAUUCGCCUGCAGCUCGUGUGCCACUUCUUUGUUUUUACGACAUUUUGACGUUACUUGUGAUCUAUCACUGAACAAAAUUUCAGAAUGUCGUCCAUGCGUCUGUACUCUGAAAGGUUAUGGGCAACAACCAAUCACAGCGCGCGUAACAUUCACCACAUUGUAUAAAAAUUAGAUAUUUUUUUGUUCUUUUCAAUUGAAAAAAUCUUAUACAGCUGGCUUUUAUUACAUGAAAUCAAACAGUAAAAAGUUACUUUCUUCUUUUCAAGCCCCCUUUUUAAUGAAAGAAAAUCAUCUGGCAAAUCUCUUGCGAACUGAAUUGCCUUCACACUGUGUAUGUCAUUACCAACGUGCAUGUGCAAUCUUGAAUUGUCUCUGGGCACUGACACUGGCCACUACUUGUCACAGCGUUCACUUUUUUACCAAAUAAUUCUGUUUUGUUUUUUACGAAACAAGAAAUUUAAUAUCUUUCGAAUCUUUCUCAAAUCUUUCUUUAUUUCACACUGACUGUUUAAGACAUUUACACAAGUGUACGUAAGUAGGAGAACAAAAUAGCUGAUAAACAAUCAUUAAGCUAAAAGACAUUAAGUUCAUUUGUGAACAGUGUCCAAAGUAGCAUAACGCAAAAUAUAAAAUCUUGGUUUAAUUGCGCGUGGGAAGCGAGUCGACCAUCAAUUAACUUGUCAGCUUGAGUGGGAAACAUUUCAGUGAGAAAGUUACAUUAAAACUUCUACCUUUCCUGCAAAAAACAUCAUUUCACUUUUAAAGCGUAAAUGAAAGUAUUGGUGUUGCUGAAAGAAGCAACGAUCGAAUCAAUAUCAGUAGACAUUUUGAUGUACGUGUCUGUUAAUUUAGGAAGGUUUCUUCUGAAUCAUUAAAACCAAUUUUGAAAGAAUCGGUAGGAGUCAACCAGAAAGAUGAAUUCUUAGUAUUGUCGUCUACCAAUCGGCAGAGUGACAUUAAACAAUAAUCCAGGGGAUGAAUGCAAUUUUAAAUGAAGAUUUCGGCCGUUCCUGAACGUAAACGCGUUUACUUAGUCUUGGAAAAUGUCUUGGUCCCGGCCCCACUCUCCCUUUGUUUCAUCGUUGAUCUUCAAUUUUAGUAUAUAUUCUCAUUUUAGUUUUAAGAAAAAUCAUUUGAGCCAAAAUUGAAACAAAGCCGCUACUGAUUUAUUUAAUGCAUCAUGCAAGAACUUUUAAAUUCAGUAGACGCCACGAUUCUCGUUUGUUGCAGUACACGCAACAGCUUAAUACGCGACUUUUGACGGAUCAGAUCAGGUAGGCAGAUGUUUCGUGUUAUACUAAGAUUAAAAUUUUAAAGGACUUCAUGUGAAUGAUUGUCUUUCAUGGAUUUUUUCCUCAUGUUAUAUAUACGCUAGGUAACGAUUUUUUUCUUUCGGAGGAAACGUCGUGUGAAAAAGAUCUCUAAUUUUUAGUGGCUGUAACACCUUGUUAGAAAAUUAUGCUUUACACAAAUCCCUAAAGAUAUAUUUCUCUCAUCACUGAUUUGUUUUAUACGGCUGAAGACAUUUAAACUGGCAGCUCACGAUUCUUCGAAGAACCUAAAACAUUUAGUGGGGUUAUAUUUGCAAAUGGAGCUGAGUGCCGUUAAGAUCAUGGCGUGUGAGUGAGCAACUCAAUACAUCAAAGUUCUUUAUCACACACACUUUUUUCCUGAAAGCUUGGGUCGCAGACAACUGAAGAAGCCAAAUGUUGGAAGAGUAUACCCAACAGCUACAGAUCUUGGUACAGUCAUAUCGCUUAUAUUCUCCUUGGCAUGCAGUGGCAUGAUAGGUGAGGCGACAAGAUUUUCAAGUCUGGUAAGCUAGAAAGCACAUCAUAAACACAAGCGCUAAUGAUCAUAACUCUGAGGCUUUCUUAUAAGUAAUAACCGAGCGCGUGGCGCGAGGUUAUUACGUUUUAGAAGGCUGAGGCGGAGCGAGGGCAUUAUCCCAUUUAAUGUACCUUCGCUUUGUUUUUGAAGCCAACCAGCACGUCAUUAAAUCGGAUUAAAUGGAACAGUUGGUUAUUAUUGCAGGAGGGUUCCUGAUAAUUCUAGCUAAUUCUUAACUGAUAAUAAUCGGCCUCCUUUUGAAAACCCCGUUUAAACGACAACCUCGAUCGUUGUACGACCGCGAUGCUAUGGCCCAAUGGUGGUCGCGUUAACGGGUUAACGAAAGGCAUGCAUUUAUUUAAGAUAGAGCGAUGGUGCUUCGCCUUAUUAUUAGGGAGUUUAAGAAGCGACGUUUUUGAGUGAUUUACGUCAACUGGAAGUGAGCUUUUUUUCUCUUUUAAUAUGCCUUGAUGUCACCAAAUUUGUAUUGCUAAGUGUCCUUACUCUUAUAAAGACGAUUUGCCCAAAUAUUUUUUUGAAAAUGACGUGCGUCACUCCUGAAAAACGUCGUUCAUUAAACUCCCUAUUUAAUAAACAAACACCACAGAAACCGUUUCUUUUCAGAGGAUAAACUGCUUCUUCUCUCCUUCCUUUCCAUUCCCAUCCAUCCUGCCUUUCUCUUCAUAGUUCUCUUUAAAUUCUUUUCAUUUAGAAAAAUGAAAUAAAUUUCGGGAUUAGUUGUAUAUAGGUGCCAAAAAUGAUAUUUUUCGGUCAGCACCCUAAACAUCCAGCGUGUUAACUGAAAUGUCCAUUCUUUUAAACAUUUCUCUCCUAACAAAAAUCAACAAUAAGUUAUGUUUGAUUAAUGCACCCACAAUUCUGUUACACCAUUUUCGGCAACGACUUUGAAAGUGACGUCAUCAAAUUUCAAUACAAUAUAAGAAAUGUUUAAUACUUUAAAUAAUACUUUAAAAAAGAAAAGGUUUAAAAACGAUGGAAAUUGGGCGUAACUUGUUUGGCAUUACUCUGCAAACUCUCUUUUGGGCUUUAAUUUUUUCUCUUCGGUCAUCUUGUCUGAAUGUAACAAUAAAAAUAAUUGGACCGCACGCUUAUGCUGUUAUUGAAGUGAAUGUAAACAAUAUUAAAGAUAAUCACUGUAACCCGCAUUACUUUCUUUUUUGCUACACACGUUGAUUUUUUAAAAAAGAUUAUGCCUUGUGUGAUGAGCCACAAAAUACACUUAAAUAAUUAGCUAUGUAUGUAUUCGAAACGCGAUAUAUCUCAAUGAGGUCGGUAAUAAGUCAUUUACCUUAGCUGGAUUUCAAAUGAAUCAAUGAGGUAAUGAUGGAAGUUGUUUUUUUAUUCAAAUACUUUUAAAGAACUUAUAGAAAAUGCUGUAAGUUUGCAAUCAUUUCGUGAAGGACUAGUAACUUACGGGCCAGCGUUUAUUCUGUUGAUUUCUAUUAGAAGUAACACGACAUCUAACAGUCUUCCAAUAUAAUCAUGAGUGUCUGACUUCUACAUCCAGCCCCAAGCGGCUAAAAUCAUGCUACAAAAACUCCCCAUUCCCCUACACUAUUGCAGGGCCUCAGCAGGUAGAUGUUUCUACACCUUUGAAGAAACUAAGUUUUUGGUUUUGCAAGUUUCUAAUUGUUCCUAAGAAAAUUACACAAGCGUCUUUGUGUAGCUCUGAUUUUCACAGCACGUACUCUCAAAAUGUCUUUGAGUUGUCGAUUCAAAACUAACAGGUACACUGGCCGAUAUUUUAAUUUAUAACACAAAGAAAAUUGAAACUCACUGACUGUUGAUGAUACUUAACACCUGCUUAGAUAUUUGAGUUUGUCACCGCAAAUUUCUAAAUCAGUUUUAAUUUUAGUCAUGUUAUGUAGAAAUCCAAUACUUAUGACGAAAUAGUUAACACCUCGUUGUUAGAUUAAGAAAACAGCAAGCAUUAUGCAGGCUUAAUAGUAACACCGUGAGAUUCGAUAUAAUAGCGUAUAUUUCUUUUAUUUUUUUGUUAAAGCAAAAACUCUUGAGGUCUCACAAAUGAUCAAUCAUUAAUCAGUAGAAUUUAAUUACAAUGAAAGCAAUUAUCAACUCAAACAUGAAACAAUCAUGGAAUAUUUUAUUAUGGGAAACAAUUGAGCCUCUCAUUCCAUUUGUAGUUUAUCAAGAGAAAUAUUCCUGCAAAAAAAUUCAAGCCCUUAUUUUAAUUUUAUCUAUAUUUUGAGGAAGCCGUCCAGGUCUAUAACGUGUCCACAAGAGAUCCGCCAUAGCAUUUUCAUGAAUCAUUUAACAAUCCCAAAACAUUCUUAGGUCGAGCAUAAUGUUAUUGGUGGAAGUAUCCCUUCAGAUUUAAUGAUAAUGUGUUAAAACGGAAAUACAACAAAGCCUUGUAGCCAAACUUUACAUCACUCUUAACCCACAAGCUCUCAGGGAUAAAAUAUUUUCUGGGUAUCUGAAAACACAGGCUAAUAUCAAAAUAGAAAGGAAUAUUUUUUUGUGACUUUAGGUUGACGAAGUAGAAAAUGGUUUGGCGCGCUAUGACAAUUCUACUGGCAACAUAUUUUUGUUGCAGUAGCGCACAUUCGAGGUAAGUUUAAAUUUUAACAUUGUAGGUAAGUCCUCAAAAAUUACUUGAUUUUUUAAAGAACUAUGCCAAUUCCGUAAAGAGUGUUUAUACUAUCAAACAUCACGACAGUCGAUAUAACAUUUGCACUAUCCAAUCUCACUUAGUCAAAACUUGCUUUCCUUUGGUUGUUGUUGUAUUGGUGGUUUUCAUUUUAAGUACACUUUCAAGGAACGAAAAUAACGAGAUAAAAAUGGGCACAGAUUUGGCUUUAAAGCGUCUGUACGUCAUGUUAUGUAGGCUAACUUGGGAGUCGUGGUGGUGGAACUUGUCCAUCUUUGGACAUCAUCACUGUAUGAAACCUGAAAACAAAACAUAGACCAAUAAAUUUGUGUUUAACGCUAAGAUCCAUGCAUGCUAAGAACAAUACGUCACUAUUCAGUGCAGCUCUGUCGAAUUCUGCAGGUGACGGGAGAAAAAGGGAAUAGUCAUGGCUCUCCCACUUUCUCUGUAGAUUAUCUUAAAAUAUUGAGCAUAUGAAAUUUGUAAGGGAGAAAGUCUUUGAAAUACUUAUAAACAGGAACAAACACCUCAGCCAACUCAACGUGUCACACAGUGAGUACUUUAAUGAAGAAUAUUUAAGGGAUCGAAUAAACCCUAACUCUAGGUAUUCGUUUCACAGAAGCACUGAUCCAAAGAUAUGUACUACCUUCAGCCGUAAAGGCUAAAACGUAAAUCGCAUUUCUUCCACAGGGCUGUAGCAUGGGGAGGGGCCGGGGAGCCGUGACCCCCACACCCCAGUUUUUUGCUUUGGUAACGAAGGAAUGUGGCAACCCGACAAAAGCAAAAUAACGAAAUUUGCAUGUAAUUACAUUAAUUAUAUUAAAAACACCUUUCAAUCUUGUAUUCUAGUUCUGGAUUAUCCUAGCUUGUCAUCAUUAUAUUUUAUUUUUCCAUCAUUUUCUUAGAAGGGAGGGCAACAAGACAGUUACGGAGGUUCUGGACAGUCUUUUAACGAAGGAACAUUAUGAUUCAAGGCUAAGACCCAAUUAUGAAGGUAAUAUGCAUAUAAUAUGAGAUCUCUGCUCUAAAAAAGUAUGAAUUCUCAGAUUUUUCAAUAAUCAUGCCCUUUACUCAAAAUAAUGGAACAGAUCGUGUCACUUUUUGGCACACCAACCGAGUAACGAAUGACAAAGUCAUUGAUUGAAUGAUUGAUUAAUUGAUUGAUUGACCGCGGCAGGAUUAGCUCAGUCGGUAGAGCGCUUGACUGCAGAGCGGGAGGUCGCGGGUUCGAUUCCCGGUCCCGUCCACAGUAGGAGACAAAAAAAUAGUGUCCCAAUUAGCACUUUCGUGCUAAAUACAUUGACACUCAAAUAAAGUGCAUUUUUUUUAUUGAUUGAUUGAUUGAUUGAUUGACAGGCGGGCCUGUUGAAGUAACAGUCGGCUUUUGGGUUCUCUCCAUCGAUGCAAUAAAUGUGGUUGAUAUGGUAGGUGUUUACUACCAUUGAAAAAUUAAGAGUUCUUUAAACAGUACAUUUCUCUACUAACACUAUGGAAAUCCUGAUCGCGGUAGCCUGCGUAGAAGGCGUCGAAAGGGAUGGGGAGGGGGGGGAGAGAAAAAGGGAGAGGGGAUGGGCCUGAGGGUCUCCGUCUCCUUUUUCCACACCAUUUCCCUGGUUUUAGAACCUAAAAAACGAAACGAUCGAUGUGUCAAAAAAUUAACAUCCUGACGUCGAUAACUACGAAUUUCAACUGUUGUGACGUUAACUUAUUCGUGUCUUAUUUUAACUCACUUUUUAUCAUUUAAUUUCAUUUUCUACAUAAUGUUAAAUCAUUUUUAGAUAACCAAAAAUAAUAUUAACACAAAAAGAAAAAAAAAAAAGAUUUUUGAUCGACUCCAAUAACUUAACAAGAUGCUGGCGUUUAUCCUAACAAAUUGCGGCAAUUUUGGCCGUUCGUUUUGUCCUUCGGGGGAAGAGGGGGGAAAGAGAAGGAGGGGGGGAGGGAGAACGUGGGCUGUUGCCCCAACAGCGGUGCCUACCUAAGGGAAUUUGACAUAUUAACUAACGAGGAUAAUAUAGUGAUUUGAAAGUGUUCAUUAAAAAAAAAUUUCGACGAGAGAAAAAGUCGGGAUAAUCGAGUUUUGAUUGUGCUUUUUGACUCUGCUCUUGCUGUUAUAACAAGGACUUUUUGUUGGACAUCUUCUUUCGACAAGAGUGGACAGACGAGCGGCUUGAUCACGGGCUCAACAAGACCAUGUUCCUUAGCAACACGGUAAUGGAUCGCAUCUGGAUGCCGGAUACGUACUUUGUAAACGCCAAACAUGGAAGCUUUCAUAAAAUCACUACUCACAAUAUUAUGAUUAUGAUCAUGCCGGGAGGAAUGGUCAAGUACAAUGCAAGGUACAUUUAAUUAAAAAAUUUCAAUUAAAUAUUUUAGAAUUCAAACUAGGCACUGAUCUUGGGCCACUUUGAGAGGCAAGCCAUAUAACGAACCCAGUCAGGUUCUGGAUGCAGAUAUCCAGAAGCUGAAGCAAAACUUAGUCUAGUUUUACCCACCUCUCUUUGUCACGUAACGAUAGGACAACUUUCUUUGGCGCUCAUCCUUAAGUUCCUUACACUGCGUUAUUCCCCGCCGCUUUCCCGGCGGCACAUAAGGAGUCUGCUGUGACUGGUUUAUCUGGGACAAGCACAGACAUUUGUCCCUGGACCCCAUCUUUCGGUGCUGAGUAACAAAGAAAGAGGGCCAGAAAUUGAUCCAGCUAUGCUGAGCAAAGUGGAUGUAAACAGUUCACAAUUUGUUUAGAAUCUAUUUCCAGGCAGCUGACACAGUGGCACGAACAUUUUUAUCAAUCAAAAGGUGUAACAAUGUAUAACGACAUUUUGUGCCAAUUUCUUUCUUCUUGGUUAAAUUAUUUUCAGAAUAACCAUCAAAGCCGCCUGUCCGAUGGAUUUGAGAAAGUUUCCUAUGGACACACAACAUUGCCCUUUGUCGGUUGAAAGUUGUAAGUUAAAAUAUACUCACAUGUUUGUAAUACAAUAAUACAAAGGUUGUGUUAUUAAUGGUGAUGAUGACAAUGAUGAUGACGAUAGUUGUAAAAUAUUUUCCUCACAGAUGGGUACAGCGACAGACACAUAAAAUUCAAGUGGGAGAAAGACAAAACAGAUGGAAUGUCAUUCGUUCCUGGUAACGCAAAAAUGUUGCCUCAGUAUAGUUUAGUAUCACUAAACCUCUCGAAGAUUUCCAACCGAUAUGUUGUUGGUAAGUCAUACUUCUACAAUGCCUUUUUGUUAAGAAUGAGGUGGAAUGUUAUUUCCCCCUUCCCCCGCCUCCCAAUUCUCUCUAACUUCUGUUUGACAUGGGCUUCUGAGAAGAGAAGAGUGACUUGCAUGGGACGUCUUCAACUUGAUCUCGUCUUUGUCUAAACAUUCUCAUUUGUUCACUUUUGAGUUUGCUUCUUGUUUUUUGUUGUUGUUGUUUUUUUUUUUACACUCCGCCCAAAUAAACGCUUUUAAAGCGUCUUGUUGAUUUAAAGCUGAAAAUAUCUCCAAUACAACACUUCAGUUUGUUGUUUGUGCACGACAUCUAAAUGAUUUCACCGACCGAAACACUAAUAAGUGCUUCUUUUUUUGUUCCUCAGGGAACUGGUCUGGAAUUAAGGCCGUAUUUACAUUUGAAAGAAUGGCCAGCUACUUUUUAAUCCACGUGUACAGCCCAUGCGCACUGAUCGUCAUUAUCUCCUGGAUCAGCUUCCUUCUUCCACGCAGUUCUCCACCUGCGCGUGUCACGCUGGGCGUAACCUCUGUCCUCACUGUGGUCACCGUCAUGAAUAUGCUUAACAAUUCAAUGCCAAAGGUAAAAUAAGAAACCCCAGAUUAACUGUCAUUUCGUGAUGUAGAGGGUAAAGGUCUAGUACUGGCUUAGAUGCACCAGGAAAGUCUUGCCCAGCUUAAACAUGUUCUUCUUCUCAAACUUGAGAAAUCUGGGUUGUAGAGUUGGCAUGGGUCAUGUUAAAGGUUGCUUUGGGCAUUGACAAUUGGCAAUCGGCAAUUGGGCAUUUGGGCAUACGGAACUCGCUGAAAUGAUUUGCUUCAGUUACCACCACGCAAAAGCUGCGCAGUGCGCAAUUGCUAAUGUCCAAAGCAACCUUCAUUGAAUCUGCUAUAAACAACUUAAGGUUUUCAGCUCGGAGAGAAAUUAAUUUUAAGGAAGCUUUAGAGUCCUCAUUGAUCCUGAUACCCGUGUUACUUUGGUCGGAGGAACUCCUGCUAUGCCACGAAGCGGUUUUAAGUUAGAGGCCUGGAAAACCAACACCAGGUAAAAAGUUUUCACCUUUAAAAAUUGCACAUGAAACUUUAGCUUUCAUCAGGGUUUUCGUUGGAAUCCUCCAAACGGCGGCAGCGUAUCAUGUCAAUAGGUAUGCCAGGAACUUCCUGUACACAAAACAAACAUUAACAAACCGACUUUUCGAUUAUCUUGCAGGUGAAUUACGUUAAGACAAUCGAUAAAUACCUCAUUGGAUGCUUUUUGUUUGUGUUCGCUUCGUUGGUUGAAUAUUCCAUUGUGCUGUUCUUAGCAGCCAGAAUGAAGAUAUAUCAAGAAUCGGACGAAUAUACGAAAGAUAACUGCAAGAAGGUCGACACAGAGCCAAGCAGCUUUAAAUUCCUAAACCACGGAGGCGUUGUUUUUAACAGGGUAAUAAUUUUGCCACUGAAAAGCUUAAACAUUGUUCCUUGUUUACUAGUUAACCAUUCUUCAUGCCCCAUAUAAAAAUUCGAAUGGAUAUUGAUACCUACAACUAUGAGGACUUCAAGGGUUUAGUCGUUAUUCAAAUGUAUCUCCCGCAAUUUAUCAAUGAGAGUAGAGGGCCACAAGAAAUCCGAUGCUAUUGUAAGAACUAAGCUUGGACUCUUUUAACCGAUCUCUCAAGGGCGUCUUUAAGAUUUCCAGAAAACCAUGGAUAUCACCAUUGCAGCUAAUUUCUCCUUUGGCUUCUUUUUCAGCGAAGUAAAUCAGAGAAAAUAUGCAGCACUCAGUUAGAAAUGAUGGAGUUCUCUAAACUCGAGGAUGAAAUGAUAGAAACACCCACACAAAAGACGCAAAGAACAUGGCUGGAUAUAAGAGCUUUGAGAAAACGUUUUUACACUGAGAGAGCGAUUCUGGCUGUUGAUGAAUAUGCCCUUAUUUUAUUCCCUCUCAGCUUUGGUUUGUUUAACGUCUUGUAUUGGCUGACAAUUGCGAAUGAUUCGGAGUCAACGUUUACUAAUUCCUGA